ACAAAUUAUGUGUAGACAAUUCAAUCCAAUUCUUAAUUAAUCUCACCCUGCAGUUCCAUAUAUAACACCACUCAACAAUGUUCACAACAUUCAAUUCCAAACUCCAAACACACACAAUGCCUCACACUGUUAUGUCAACACUUCUAUUACUCUUGUUAUUGUACUCAUUCUCAACAUUGCUCAAUGUAGAAUCAACCACCACAACCAUCAAUGUGUGGCCCAAACCAAGAAACCUCACCUGGGCCCCACCACACCAAGCCACACUCCUCUCCCCCACAUUCACAAUCACCGUCGCCACCCCUCACCGCAACCACCACCUCUCCGCCGCCGUAACCCGCUACACAAACCUCAUCAAAACAGAACACCACCGCCCACUAGUCCCCAUAGCAGCCAACCUCUCCGCCGACAUCCCGCCGCUGCAGUCCCUCACAAUCACCGUCACAUACCCCGAUACACCCCUCCAGCACGGCGUCGACGAGUCCUACACGCUGACUGUCAACGCUCCGGUGGCGACGCUGACAGCGGCGACGGCAUGGGGCGCGAUGCGGGGGCUGGAGACGCUAUCCCAGAUUACCUGGGGAGAUCCGACGCGCGUGGCGGUGGGAGUGCGUGUGUGGGACGCGCCGCUGUACGGGCACCGCGGCGUGAUGUUAGACACGUCGAGGAACUACUUUCCGGUGAAGGAUGUGAUGAGGUUGGUGGAGGCGAUGGGGAUGAACAAGGUGAACGUGUUGCACUGGCAUGUGACGGACUCGCAGUCUUUUCCGCUGGUGGUUCAUUCGGAGCCGGGGCUGGCGGAGAACGGAGCUUACGGGCCUGACAUGGUGUAUACGCCGGCGGAUGUCAAGGCGGUUGUGGAGUUUGGGAUGGAUCGUGGAGUUCGCGUCAUGCCGGAGAUUGACUCGCCUGGGCAUACAGGAUCUUGGGCCUUAUCCUACCCUGAGAUUGUAACUUGUGCCAACAUGUUCUGGUUGCCAGCUGAAGGUGAACCUCUUGCAGCAGAACCAGGAACAGGACAUUUGAACCCUUUAAUCCCCAAAACCUACCAAGUCCUAAACAAUGUCAUCCAUGACGUGACCACAUUGUUCCCAGAAACAUUUUACCACGCCGGUGCUGACGAGGUAAUCCCUGGUUGCUGGAAAGCUGAUCCAACAAUUCAGAAAUAUCUAUCAAAUGGCGGAACUCUCAACCAAAUUCUUGAAGUUUUCAUCAACAACACUCUCCCUUUCAUCUUAUCCCUCAACCGCACUGUUGUCUACUGGGAAGAUGUUCUAUUAAGCGACACGGUCCAUGUUCCGUCCACAAUUCUCCCCAAGGAGCAUGUGAUUCUGCAGACAUGGAACAACGGACAUGAUAACACGAAACAGAUUGUUUCUUCUGGAUACCGCGCCAUUGUGUCGUCAGCGGCCUUCUACUAUCUGGAUUGUGGGCAUGGUGAUUUCACUGGUAAUAACAGUGCAUAUGAUAACCAAACUGGGAUUGACACAGGCAAUGGUGGCUCUUGGUGUGGGCCUUUUAAAACAUGGCAAACAAUGUACAAUUAUGAUAUUGCAUAUGGGUUGAGUGAAGAUGAAGCGAAAUUGGUUUUGGGUGGGGAAGUGGCUUUGUGGUCAGAACAAGCUGAUUCAACUGUUUUGGAUUCAAGAAUUUGGCCAAGAGCUUCUGCAAUGGGUGAAGCACUGUGGUCGGGGAACCGGGAUGAAAAGGGUGUGAAGAGAUAUGGAGAGGCUACUGAUAGAUUGAAUGAAUGGAGAAGCAGAAUGGUAGCUAGAGGUAUUGGGGCUGAGCCCAUUCAGCCACUGUGGUGUGUUAAGAAUCCUGGUAUGUGCAACACGGCUCAGCCAAUAUAAAAAAAAAGGAGCUAAUCAAGAAAACCUUCUUUUCUUUUUCUUUUGAUUGACUCUUUAGUGUUUGAAUGCUGUUUAGGCCUCCUCAAAACCUAUUGUUCUGUUAUGAGAAAUUGUAGUUGUCAAAGAAUAUUCAAUUGAACAUAUCUUGGCGUCAAUUGAUGUUGUAAGUUGCAGUAUAAUUAAAAUUUCACCAAAUGCUGCCUCAAGCAGUAUAUUGAUAGAUCAACAUGAUGAUUGAUGUUUGUGUUUGGAA